UUUAAACACGUUAAUGUCUUGGCUAGAAUGUUGCUUCUUUUGCUAGUUGUAACUGCCUGUCUUGGUUUUCAAGUUAAGGGCGAGGUUGUAUCUGCUCCAGACUCUUAUGGCUUUGCAAUAUCCUCGGAGGCCCAGUUGUCGUUGCUCAAGUUGAAAGAAACACAAGUCAACAAUCUACACAGCUAUAAACAAGUUUUAAAAAUACACUUACAGAAAAUUAAGCGAGCCAUACGAUACUCUGAAGAUCUGCUGAAAACGACCACCAAUUUUCAUAGUAACUUAAUUUUUGGAUAUAAGGUUCUACCAAUCAUUCACAAUGAUUGGCCCCAGUAUUUCAGACUAUUGAAGAAAGAUCUAGGCAGUGAGGAGAUUGCGGUUUCUCAGAAGUUAUUAACACAGCACCCAACUUCUGUGGACUUUGAAGAAUCAAUGGGUGCAAUGCGUAGACUUCAAACCGUAUACGAUUUGGACUCCUAUGCCAUGGCAGAAGGCUUUAUGGAUGACAAAGAUAAGAACAUUAGGAGCUGGAGAACUGAUGAGAGUCUAAUACUCGGUCUGAUGUAUCUAUUCCUAGGACACUACAAUCAAUCGGAGAAGUGGUUGCAAUUGGCUCUCUAUUACUACGGGGAUUAUCUCAGUCCAGAGGAGCUUAAAAUGAAACUUUGGAACUACCCGAACCUGUUGGAAGCCCUGGUGGAGGCCAACAAGGGACUUGGCCGUUAUUUGGAAGCUAAAAAGUAUGCGAAGGAGCUGCUCUCGAUUAAUCCCAAUCACACUUACAUGUUGACACAGCUGCCAAAGCUGAAAUAUUUGCAAUCAAAUCCGAUCAAACUCACGAAACCAAAGAAAUAUUUCAAACUCCAGAAGGCAAUAUGCUCCAAACGCUAUAGGAGGAAAUCGGGAGUCCUUGUAUGUCGCUAUGUGGAUUGGACACCAUUCCUGAAACUGGCACCCUUAAAAAUGGAGGAAUUGUCCAUGACACCACAUAUAAGUAUUUUUUACGGAUUCCUCGGUCCAAAGGAUAUUGAAGUUUUAAAGAAUGUAUCCAGACCAAAACUUCAACGAAACGAGCAUUUAUCGGCGAAUUGCAGUUGUAAAAUCGGAGGUCUUUCCAGUUCUUCACAUGAUGUUGUACGCAAAGUAAAUGAAUUGAUCCUAGAAAUUACUGGAUUUCCAUCGAAGGGAAAUCAAAUGCUAGAAGUCAUAAAUUAUGGUAUUGCUGGCAACUACAAUCCCGAUGACACUGGGCAGCCCAGGAAACACAACAAAGCAAAUGCUUUCAUAUUUUUGGGCAAUGCUGGAAAGGGCGGAGAAAUAGUUUUCCCUUCUCGCGAUCUAAAAAUCAGACCUCGAAAGGGUUCGAUGAUAGUUUGGGAGAAUCUCAAAAAGAGUUUUAUUUACCAUCAGUGUCCCAUUUUAAAGGGAACCUUGUGGGUGGCUAACAAAGUGUUAAACUGACGUUUGUGCUUCAUAAUUUAUGUACUUUUGCAGUUCUUGAGUUAUUACGAAUAUGUGCUACACAUAUUUUACAUUAUUCUAGUUUCAUACACUUUACAAUUUUCAAAUUAUAUUUUCUAAUAAAUACCUUAAAAAAGUA